GAAGGAUACGAGUUUCAAGGUUGCUGUUCUGGAUCGCAGCUGAUUUACCUCGGCAGAUGCCAGGCCGUCGGACAUCUCGGCUUAGCAAUAUUCGGCUCCAACGUCCUCCAUAAAACAUCGAGUCAGCGUCCUGACUGUCGCAGAUCUUGUGAGUCUCUGAACAACUCUGCGGUACAGAUUUUACCUUGAAGAAUUUCUUUCUCGCUUUUGCAUAAUAUCUUAUCAAAUCUUGCCGGGUUUAAAGUCGAUUCAUCAUGGCCGUCGAACGUUUAUCCUCCAUCUUCAACCAGUUGAAGCCGUCAGCAGUAUCAGCCAUCACACAAAAAAAUCCCGACGAUGUCGUUAUUACGCUUGCUAUCCGGACCCCAUUGACCAAGGCUGUCAAGGGCGGUUUCAAAGAUACUGGGCUGGAUUACAUUGUCUAUUCAUUACUUAAGGAGCUUGUUCAGAAGUCGAAUCUGGAUCCGGCGCUGAUUGAGGAUGUGUGCUUGGGAAAUGUCAACGACGGUAAAGCCGCUUACCUCGGCCGCGCCGCCGCCCUCGCCGCCGGAAUCCCUCACACCGCAGGCGCAUCAUCCGCAAACCGCUUCUGCGCCUCCGGCCUGAAGGCCGUCCACGACAUCGCAAACCAAAUCCGCCUGGGUGCGAUCGACGUCGGCGUGGCGGUCGGCGCAGAAUCAAUGUCGACCAGCGACCGCGGGCCCAACCCGUUCCACGAGGAUAUCCUCGCAAACCAGGAAGCCGCGGACUGCCUGCAGCCCAUGGGCCAGACGUCUGAGAAUGUCGGCGAUGACUUUGGCAUUACUCGUGAGAUGCAGGAUACCUACGCGGUGGAGUCGUUCCGCCGCGCAGAAGUCGCGCAGAAGGCAGGCUGGUUUGAUGAUGAGAUCGUCCCGAUUACCACCAAGGUCAAGGAUCCCAAGACAGGUGAGGAGAAGACUGUCACGCUCACCCGCGACGAGGGCCCGCGGUACGGAACUACCCUCGAGGGUUUGAACAAGAUCAGGCCUGCAUUCCCGCAGUUUGGAAACAAGACGACCGGCGGUAACGCCAGCCAGGUCACUGAUGGAGCCGCCGCCAUUCUCCUGAUGCGCCGCUCUAAAGCCGUCGAACUCAACCAGCCCAUCCUCGCCAAAUUCUGCGGCGCCACCGUGGCCGGCGUGCCUCCGCGCGUGAUGGGCAUCGGCCCAACCGCCGCCAUCCCCAAGUUGCUGAGCCAAUUCAAUAUGAGUAUUGCCGACAUUGACAUUUUUGAAAUUAACGAGGCGUUUGCGUCGAUGGCGGUGUAUUGUGUCAAGAAACUGGGUCUUGAUCACGCAAAACUGAACCCCCGUGGUGGCGCCAUUGCGCUGGGACACCCGCUCGGAGCGACUGGCGCGAGGCAGAUCUGUACGAUUUUGAGUGAGGCGAGGAGGACGAAGAAGAAGGUGUUGGUUACGAGUAUGUGUAUCGGGACGGGCCAGGGUAUGGCCGGGUUGUUUGUGAAUGAGCAGGUGUAAACUACAUGUAUAUGUAUCUGAUUGAGGAUUAUGUGGGAUGUUGAAAAGGUAC